GAGACGAUUAAUUGAACGGCCUUAGAUAACUCACCACACAUGUUACCCAGCUCCACCCGCCAGACAACUGAGUUCAUCUCUCUCUCUCUCUCUUUCAAAGUCAGUCAUUUUGUCUAUAGUUUGGUUGCAAAAAGCAAGCAUAGGGAAGGAAAAAGAAGCAGAGCAAAACAUGAACUCAUCAUCGUCGUCACCGAAUCCUCCACUGCCUCCAGCACCUCCUCCGCAGCAGUCUUCCACGUCCGCGAACGCCGCUGAUGGGUCCGGAAAGAAAGUCAGGAAACCUUACACCAUCACCAAGUCACGUGAGAGUUGGACUGAGGAAGAACACGACAAGUUCCUUGAAGCUCUUCAACUGUUUGACCGUGACUGGAAAAAAAUUGAAGAUUUUGUGGGUUCAAAGACAGUUAUCCAGAUUCGAAGUCAUGCCCAGAAAUACUUUUUGAAGGUCCAAAAGAAUGGGACAAUUGCACAUGUGCCUCCUCCUCGCCCCAAGCGCAAAGCUGCUCACCCUUACCCGCAAAAGGCGUCUAAAAAUGUUUUAGUGUCAUUGCAAGCAUCCAUGGCUUAUCCUUCUUCAAUAAAUACCAUAGCACCUGGAUAUGCUCCCUGGGAUGAAGCGUCCUUGCUAGUAAACACUGCCCCAAGCAAAAUCAUGCCACCACAAGAUGAAUUUACAAGCCUUCAAGGAGCUGAAGCUGAUAUUGGAUCGAAGGGCGUAGCAAGGAUUAGUAACAGUGGUGUCAGUGGCAUUGGAAGCUCAAGUAGGACAAUACCUAGUUCUGAUAUGCCAUACCAAGGGAAACAAGCUCCCAUGCUUCAUGGUAUACCGGAUUUUGCUGAAGUUUAUAGCUUCAUUGGGAGCAUCUUCGAUCCAGACACCCAAGGGCAUGUGCAAAAACUCAAAGAGAUGGAUCCGAUAAAUUUUGAAACUGUCUUGUUACUGAUGAGAAACCUCACCGUUAACUUGUGUAGUCCUGAUUUUGAGCCAGUCAGGAAAGUUAUGUCCUCAUAUGAUGUCAGCACAAAAACGGUGGGACUUGGCACGGGAAUUAUUCCCCAAAGCCAAACGAAUGAUAUAUCAUGUUAAGCUGUUUAUUAUGUAGGGCUUGCAGGCAACAUGCUUGGAGGUUACUAGGUGAAGGAGUUGCAACCACCACCUGGAGAAAAUGUUAGAAAUGUUGAGUGGAAGAAAGGUUUGCUACUACGGACUUUCAAGCUCUGUAAGGGUCUCGAUGUGCAGCGAGUCAGGUGGAAUGGUUGUCACCCGGUUUUGACCUAUCAACCAGAUAAUUGUGUAUAUUCUUGUGAGGUUUGUCAAUUAGCCGUUUUACCCAAUUGUGAAGUAUGCCUUACAAUAGAAGUGAAACUACAAGAAUUUGAACAUAUCUGUAAUAAAGAUCAUGGUUUUGCCUUAUGAAUGUAGCUAGAAGGAACUCCAUGGCAACAUGCUAGAUUUCUUAGCUAUUGUCAUAUAUUGGUUAUUAACAAGUAUUCCACUAGAAUAUUAUCUCUCAGUUUGACUAAAAUUUGAUGGGAUCGUACCAAGG